ACCACUUGUGCACACAAUUGUCGCCUAGAAGGAGAAAAAAUGUGUUUGUACCAAGGAAAAAAGUGAAAAAUAAACAAAAAUAUUUCCAUCUAGUUCAAUCAUGAGACGCUAUAUUAGAAUAAUGAGCAACAUUAGUUUACUUCUGUUUUUCUUCGGCGUAUGUUUUGUCGCGACCUCCAACCUAGUAUGGCUAGAUGUGCAUCAAGAAUCUUCUCCUAAACCACGUGUAUUCUUUGCGAGUCGAUCGCCAUUGGCAUUAUACACCUCGUAAAGGUAAUAUUCGGUACCACAAUACCAUGGGAGGAAAAUACGAUUGUCCGCUGGCUAGACGGAACUGUUAUUCAUUCAUAAUCAGACAUUACAUGGGAGCAGACCAUCGUUUUCUAAACAACAUUUUUAUAUGCCUGUAUAUAUUUCCGAUAAAGAGUUAUUGUUUAUUAAAAGCAGUGUGUUCCACAAAGCAAUGAAUAUUGCCGACCUAAUUCCAAACGAUCUGAGUAACGAUGGCGAAUACGCGACGACCAGCAAUUCUUCCUUGGACGUCGAGGUAGACAGUAGCAGUGAACCAUUAACGAUUGUCCAUCGACGAGAGCCACAAUCUAAAAGGGAGCACAGCAUUUUGCCAAUUUCGAGCACGGUGAUGAAUAUUGACAAGCUCGAAACACGUGUCUUGCGAUCCUCUAGCCGAAUACAGGGUGGGAGCUCUGAACCAGAUAGCAUUUCAAAAUUGCCACCUAUUCUAACGUCACCACCGGCUCCGUUGAUGCAGAUUUGUUCGAACAACCGUGGUUCCUCAGUGCUAACAAUCGAUCAUAGUAAAUCCGGUGCAACAGUUGGUAUCCAGCAUGACAUGAACAUAGGAUAUAAUAGUGAUGAGUUCAGCAUUCACAAUUUUAGUAGGCUACAUACAAAUUCGCCAGUUACUAGUGCCGGUAGUAUCAGUUUACUAGGAACGAAUGUGUCCUUGAGAAGUUCGGAUAAUGUGGACAGUUUUGAAUCUUACGAAAACAAUGUUUGGAGAAAGCGUGCACUAGAGAUAGAGAAAGAUUAUAAAAAGUCAGCUUGUGAUCGAGAAAGAACCCGAAUGCGUGACAUGAAUCGUGCAUUUGACAUGCUGCGCUCUAAGCUUCCACAUGCCAAACCGUCAGGAAAAAAAUAUUCCAAAAUUGAGUGUCUAAGACUAGCCAUUCAAUAUAUUCGGCAUCUUCAACGAGAACUGCAAUACCCAACAACACCAUCACCUCAGGCUCCUGAGUAUUAUUAUGAUAUGCCUAUGUACAAUCAGCCGCCUCCUUCAGCACCACCGCUGGCUGCACCAUCGACAGUACUCAAUAUGGACCUCAACAACAACUCUGUUAGUCAGGUGUCGACUACGCAGCAGAACUCACAAUGGUUUAUUGCCAGCAACGCCGAUGGUUACAGCUACUAUUACUUACCUUAG